AAAUGCAUCCAAGUGACCUCUCCCGGCCCCCGUGCCUUCCUGCUUGUCUUGCAGGUGGGAAGGUUUACAGAAGAAGAACAAAAUUGCAUACAAGCUCUGCAGAAACUAUUUGGUCCUGAGGCAUCCCGACACAUGAUUGUUCUAUUCACACGAGGAGACGAGCUUGGUGGAGCAACAAUACAGGAGCAUGUGUCAAGUGGCCAUCCAACACUUCAAGAGCUGGUCAGGAGAUGUGGUGGCCGUUAUCAUGUGUUCAACAAUAAGAAAAUUUGUAAAAGACGUCAGGUGGUGCACCUGAUUAAGAUGAUCGACAACAUAGUGGCAAGCAACGGGGGCAAACACUUCAGUGAUGAGAUGUUUGAAGCGGCGGAAAAAGAGAUCACGACCCUGAAUCUUGACAGAAAUGUUUCAAAAGGGAAGCCUCACAACUUCGUGUUCAUGAGGGAACUGUUCGAGAGAAUCGUUGAGUUUCAACACAUACUCGCUCAAACAUUGUCCCAGGCACCAAGCAAUCUCAGAUCAGGCAAGGCAGUCACAAACCCCCUUGCUCCUACACACAGAAAACUUUCAGUUUAAUGUAGCUGUGUGAGCCGUUUCUAAACAUAUACCAUGAUAAAAAUA